UAACCAUAUUCGCCAACCCCUUUUGAGUAUCGCUUCUUUGUUUGCAAAUUCCUUCGCAUUUCCAGAGAAAUUCACCCUCAACACUUUCACAUGUCGUCGGAUAUAAGCUAGAUUAAUUGCCACCUUUUUCUCACGCUUCCCUAUUGGAAUCUAUCUACCUUCAAGAACCAAGGUGUUUGUUUACAUGCACGUUAUUCGAUGACUAGUUGCAAGAUUUACUACGUUAAGUCCAGUGCUGCAGUUUUUGUUUUCAGUGUAAUAGUAGGUUUGGUUCUGUUUUAACGAUUGUGAAGCAAAGUUCGAAGCUUUGGUUGGUGGGGUGGUGGAAAUUUGCGUUGUGAGUGAUGGGUGCGGAUCGUCUGCUACUGCCAACAGUUGGACCGCCAUUAAAACGGCGAGCUGGUUUGCGGAGGAAGCAGGCUGGAAGAGGGUCUUACAGGGGGAGCUAGGUCAACGUUGUGAUUUGUGUGGGAUUGGAAAGUUUUUUGUUGUUUUUGGAGGAUUAAUUGACGACCCUUUUUCUUUGGGGUGCUUUCGAGGUGUCAAAGUUUCUAACUUCUAAAGGGGAAGAAGAUGGGUACCAACUUGCACCAAGUACUCAGAAGCCUCUGUUUCAAUACUCAUUGGAACUACGCCAUCUUUUGGAAGCUCAAACGUCGUGCUCGAAUGAUCUUGACAUGGGAGGAUGCUUACUAUGACAAUCUUCAUGAUUAUGACUCUUCAGGGAACAAGUACUGCCAGAAGACCUUGGAACAGAUUGGUAGUAGUCAAUUUUCGUAUGACGCUAUAGGGUUAGCUGUGGCAAAGAUGUCAUAUCAUGUAUAUUCGAUAGGGGAAGGUAUUGUUGGACAGGUAGCUGUUACUGGAAAGCAUCGGUGGAUCUGUGCAGAUGAUCAAGUUACAGGUUCUGGCUUGUCUUUUGAGUUUGCUGAUGGGUGGCAGUCUCAGUUUUCUGCUGGAAUCAGGACGAUUGUUGUUGUAGCUGUAGUCCCACUUGGUGUUGUUCAGCUGGGCUCUCUAAAUAAACAGGUGGUUGAAGAUAUGGGGGUUGUAACUCAUAUCAGAAAUCUUUUUUUGUCUACGCAAGAUUACUCAAUAGGCCAUGUUUCUAGUCAAAGACAGACUAGUUUGAAAAAUUCUUCAUCUCUGCCGGAUGUAUUGAAAGGAAAAUUUUGUUCAGAUAUUAUGCCUGCUUGCUUACAUGAUACAGAGAAAAUCAUGAAGAGUGAAACAAUGGACGUUUCAAUGCCCCUUCAAUGUUCUGGGAAGAACUAUUCACCUCAUUCUGCGUAUGAGAAAAUGGCUGGUAAUAUGGCCAAGCAUGACGGACCUGAAUUUUGCGAUGAUGAAAGUUCCAUUUUGCUUCAGUCGAUAUCCAAUAUGAUGAAUAUGGAGCAUAAGGAAUUUGAAGAGAUGAGACCUCUAAAUAGGAGGAAGUGUGAAGGGGGCAGUAGUGGCUCCAAAGAUAUGAGGUUGGAAUUGAAAAAAAGUAUCUCAUCAUUUUUACACAACUCUGUUAGGGAUAAUGCUAGCUUCAAUGAUUUAACAUGUCUGUCAGAAAAAGUCAGACUUGAUUCCGUUUGCUUUCCUUCAGUUUUUUUUGAUGCGCUUGUUUGUGAAAGUGAUGAGUUGCAUUAUGUGGAUAUUAACCAUAAAGGGGUGUUGAAUUUCGCCAGACCUUCAGAUGCAAACUCCCAAAAGCAUAUAAAAAAGUCAAAGUUUAAGACUGAGCCUAGUGACAAGGAUGCCUCAUACAAGUUGAAGUUCCCUGCUGGCUGUGAGCUACACGAUGCACUUGGACCAGCUUUUUUGAAAGGAAGUAAAUAUUUUGAUUGGGUGGCACAGGUUAAUCAAGAUGCGAAAACUGUGGAUAUACAAGAUGAGAUUAGUACCAGCCAAUUGACUUCUGAAUCUCGUCCAGAGCAUCUUUUGGAAGCAAUGAUGGCCAACACUUGCCAUAGUAUUAAUGAUAUUAAUAGUGAGUUAUCAUUUUGUGCAUCAAUGCAAUCUGCAUUGGCCUCUGGAAAAAAUGCUGAAGCUUCUAUUCACAAUGUGCAUAUUGUGGAUUCAGAAGGCUGUUCAGUGGACCAGCCCUCUCUUGUCAGAGAGGACAAACACUAUUGUCUGAGUUCAUCAUCAGGGAUAUGUGGUGUUAUGUCCCCAAAAGGUGUUUCAUCUACAUGUCCUAGUUCAUAUAGUGAGCAGUUUGAAAGGUCUUCUGAACCAGCUAAGAACAGAAAGAAGAGGGCUAGGCCUGGGGAAAGUUGUAGGCCUCGUCCAAGGGACCGGCAACUGAUCCAAGAUCGUGUUAAGGAAUUGAGAGAGCUGGUGCCAAAUGGAGCAAAGUGCAGUAUUGAUUCACUACUGGAGCGCGCAAUAAAGCACAUGCUCUUUCUCCAAAGCAUAACUAAGCAUGCUGACAAGCUAACUAAAUUUGCUGAUACAAAGUCAAAGUUGCAUCACAUUGAAACAGACAUUCUUGGAUCCUCUAGUUAUGAGCAGGGUUCAAGUUGGGCAAUGGAGGUAGGGGGUCAUCUCAAAGUUCAUUCAAUAUUAGUGGAGAAUCUUAGCAAGAAUGGACAAAUGCUUGUUGAGAUGCUCUGUGAGGAGUGCAGCCAUAUUCUUGAAAUAGCAGAAGCUAUAACAAGCUUGGGCCUUAAAAUUUUGAAGGGCGCUACAAAAGCUCAUGGUGAAAAGAUCUGGAUAUGCUUUGUUGUUGAGGGUCAAAACAACAGAAAUGUACACAGAUUGGAUAUCUUGUUGCCACUUGUUCAAAUACUGCAAUCCAAGACCACUAUGUGUUCACAAUAAGUGGUUGAUUCCUGGGAACUUGGUGGCCCUUCGUUGGCUACUGUAACUCAUUCUUGAUCUCUGAAAUGAUGCUCAGAAUCUUCUAUUCUCUACAACAUUUCUAAUUAGUGUGUUAAGACUCCGCUUGCUGGUUUUCUUAUGUUU